AUGUAUGCAUACGCAAUGUUCAUCAAUCCAACGGCAAAGCUCAAGUGGAUAGAAAAGCAUUGGGGUUUGAGUGAGAUUGUGCAAGCCAAGGCGGCUAUCCAUAAUGUGAUGUUACAACACCAACAGGAACUUUGCAAACAGCAGAACGAUCUUGUGACUCCAACCCGAGCAUCUUUAGAUAUUGGAGGUUCGGAUGCUGCAUAUUCACAGUGCUCAGGUCUAGAUGCACUCGAUGAAUACUCAGCCUCAAUUUCCAUCCUGUCCCGCUCCUCUUCGCUCUCUUCUCUGCCAUUGACUUCAAAUGAAGAAUCGGAUACCACGUCUGAUGGCCCGCAAGCACUCACCGAAGAUGAGAUUGAUGGUGCCAAUGAAGAAGCGGUCGAACGAGAAUUCACCCGCUGGUUAUCCGAAGGUAUUAUUACUGAUUGCGAGAAACUUAAAUCAUUUGACUUGAUACGGUUUUGGGACAAUGAAUCUAUCCAGAAAGCUUAUCCCAUCCUAUUCCGGCUCGCACUUGAUGUUCUUCCAGUUUGUUAA